UCAAAAUACUUCUAAACUUAUAUAUUUGUUGAAUAUUUUAUUGUCAUACUUAACAAAAUUAAAUUGCAGAAAAUACAACGAUAAAGAGUUAGUUAUUUUUAUUUUCUUUUGAGAGCCAAGAGUUGGUUAAAUUUGAAAACAUUAAUACAAGUGUUCUUGGCAUAAAUGAUGAAACGACGAAGUCGCAGGGCAAGACAUGGUCCCGCGCCGCACACGAUAACUCGCAGUUGUUUAUUUAAGCGGUUCGUGCCGUCCAGCCGACGAUUACGGGAGACUCAGUGGGUCCCCCAACCCCGAAAGUUUUACACACACAAACACGCAGUGCCACACCACAUAACAUAACUCCCUCCCUCUCUCUCUCUCCCCUCAAAAACCCACUUCCCUGCGUCACUCCUUUCUCUCUCUACCUUUCGCUGCAUCCUCUUCUCCGCUAUGGCUUCCACGCGCGAGGGCCACUACAGAGGCGUGAGGAAGCGCCCAUGGGGCCGCUACGCCGCCGAAAUCCGCGACCCCUGGAAGAAGACACGUGUCUGGCUAGGCACGUUCGACACCCCUGAGGAGGCCGCCCUCGCCUACGACGGCGCCGCCAGGUCCCUCCGCGGCGCCAAGGCUAAGACCAACUUCCCGGCGCCGCCGUCGGGGCUCUCCUUGGAUCUCAAUCUGCCAUCCGAUCACCGCUGGAUCGCGCCCACCGGCCGCCUCAUCAUCAACGAGUUCCUCCACACAGGCGUGCUCAAGGACGUCGCCGCCGCGCAGGCCAAUGGCGGCCCAGUCAUAACCGCCUCCGUCGCGCCGGUCGUCGACGGCGACUCUCCGGCCAAAUAUUUCGGGAUCGUCAGGCGCGGUCUCCCCAUAGACUUGAACGAGCCGCCGCCGCUGUGGCUGUAGAGACAUUCGUAUUUAGCGGCGGUUGGUAGCAAUUUCCUCGUGUUUUUUUCUUUUUUCUUUUUUCCGACAACUGAGAUUUUUCUGAGCUUGGUGGUAGAAAUCAUGGUUAUGAUCGGAUUCGGAUGAAAUAUCUAAAUCGCCUGUAUAUAUUGUUCGCUCUUUGUGAGGUUCAUUAUGAGACCGGAUUUUCACCCUUGAUUUUAA